UGCACGUCCAGAUCUAAAGUUCUAAAGUUUAGAAGCAUACGUUUCAAACUGAAGAGAAAUCACGUUUGUUUUGAAGAGGGGCAUUUGAAAUGGAUGACAUGUCAUAUUGCUCCUUCUCUGGUGGAGAAGAAUACAGAAAUCACUUCCAACCGGGUACAUAUGUGUGCUCUGAGUGUGGGCACGAGUUAUUUUCCAGCAUGUCAAAGUUCGAGCACUCUACUCCUUGGCCAGCCUUCUCAGAGACACUCCACGAGGACAGUGUCUCCAAACACCCUGAAGCAUGGGGACCCCUAAAGGUUUGUUGUGGGAAGUGUGGCAAUGGAUUGGGCCAUGAGUUCUUGUACGAUGGACCAAAAGAAGGGCUUUCACGCUUCUGAAUAUUCAGCAGCUCACUCACGUUCAUCCCUAAAGAAAAGGUUGAUGGACAGAAAGGUGAGCUGUGAAAGAGGAAGACCGUUUUCUGCUGCUGAAGGUGCGGACAGUGGAUGAAGUGCCCUGGCACAAACCUAGUGGAGCUCCAGGGCUCUGAUGGACGUUGGCCUCGCUGGGCGGCAAGAACAAACUGGUCUCAACCACUUUUUAAAACCAGGAGCACACACACACACACACACACACACACACACACACUCACACACACACACACACACACACACACACACACACACACACACACACACACACACACACACACACACACACACACAAAACAGCAACUGGGAUCCAAAUUCAACCACAUUAAGUUGUGCUGUACAGAAAUACUGUAAUAUUUAAUGCACCUGUCUGGCAAAGACUUUAAGAUACAGUUAUAAGUUAAAGUCUCACUAGUAAGUCACAUUGUUUGUAUGCCUCACUGCACCACUCUGGAUCUAAGAAAAUAUGUUGAACACACUCCAAUGUCCAAAGUGUAAUUGCAUGCUCCCAUCAGUUGAUGGUGCUAUGUGCUCUAAAAACAAAUCUUAAAUGAACUGCAUUUAUAACUCACUAAGGUAUUACUGUGGACAUAGUUUGUUCUCUCGAGACUCAAUAGAGAUGAAUAUCCGACUAUGAAAGCUCCAUAUAUUGUAUCCUUAUGGCAACAACACAGCAAUACCUACAGUACUUCAUAGUGCCUUUUUACAGAUUCACUUGCAAUAUUUUCCCUUUUCAAUUAAAUCUUCUCAAGUAGUUAUAGUGGAUUCCUAAUUACAUUCAUUUAAUUAAGUUAAAAUGCUUUUAUUGUGUCACAAAAACCUAGUUUGCUCAUGGAAUUUUGUUGACAUUCUUGCUAAAAACCCACCUAUUAGAAUUACAGUAAAUAUCCGAACAGUAUGUCUCCACUGCAUUGUGCUGUUGUGUCCGCUUGCCAUCUUCCCCGUCACGCGAGGGGCCUGUUUUGGGAAGAAGAUCCUGGAUUUAUCUGGAUAACCUUUCUGAGUAAAACUCAGACAUCAAUUCAUGUUCCAGACCUGAGAGUGUUCUGUGUUUUUCUACUCAGCAACGCUUUCCACAUAACUCAGUUAACCUGCUUCUUGGCUCGUGGCGUGGUGGAAUUAUAAACAAAGUGAGGAUGUGAGGGUGCGUUCAACAGCUCUUGGGCUGUUUAAAUGUCUGGCACGGAGCAGGUGUGGAGCUGCUCGUUUCAAAGGCUGGAAGAUCAGAGGGGGAGAUGAAAGCUGCAGUGUCAGGCGGAGGAUUAAGAAAGGAAGUGCACACAUUCGUAGAUUGUAAUGAUGUGUAGUAUAGCAUUUAAAGCAAAUACUGUUUUGUGCAUACGAUGAUGAUGAUUUUGUCCGUGAGGAUCAAAACUCUUGAAUUCACUUCUGAGGGAGCAGCUGUUGCAAAAGUAUUGUUUUAAAUGUCAGUAUCUUAACUCUAUUAACUCAUACUUCUUUGUGACUGAUUACAUGAAUGUAAUGUAAUGUACAUUUCAGUAUUUUGCCUUAAGUGAUGAUGAAGUCAUACCUUC